AUGUCCCCGCCAGCUAUCAUUGCUCCCUCCAUCCUGAGUGCCGACUUCGGCACCCUGGGCAGCGAAUGCUCGACCAAGAUCGCCCAAGGCUCCGACUGGUUGCACGUCGACAUCAUGGACGGCCACUUCGUCCCCAACAUGACCUUUGGUGCCCCCGUCGUCACCAAGAUUCGCUCUCAUGUUGCUCGUCCCACCGAACCCCACGGCAAGGGUACCUUUGACUGCCACAUGAUGAUCCAGGAGCCCCACAAAUGGGUCAAGGACUUCAAAGACGCCGGCUGUGAUCUCUACUGCUUUCACUAUGAAGCCGCCAUCUCCUCCACCGCUGCUACCAGUCCCGCCGACAACACCACAACCACCAAGACCAGCCCCAAGGACCUGAUCCGUUAUAUCCACGACGAGGGCAUGCAAGCCGGAAUUGCCAUCAAGCCCGAUACCCCCGUCGACGUACUCUGGGAUAUUUUGGCGAAUGAGAACGAGAAGGAACGUCCGGAUAUGGUCCUGGUUAUGACCGUUCACCCCGGAUUUGGUGGUCAGAAGUUUAUGGCUUCCGAGCUGCCCAAGGUCAAAGCUUUGCGCGAGAAAUACCCCAACCUCAACAUCGAGGUGGAUGGUGGCUUGGGACUGGGCACGAUUGACCAGGCUGCUGAGGCUGGCGCCAACGUCAUCGUUGCGGGCUCGGCCGUCUUUGGCGCUCAGGAUCCCGCCGACGUCAUCGCUAAGCUCCGCGAGACUGUUAACAAGUAUCGCAAGGAGUAA